UUGAAGAUUGUGGUUCAUUUUUGUGGUUGUUGAGCACGUUGUGGACAGAUUUAAAGCAGGUAAAACUCAACUUGCAGCUAAUUGAUUCAAAGACAAACCAUGAAAAGAAACCAUAAUUUAUGUUGUAUCCAGAAAUAUAACUCUUCGACAGAAGAGAGGAAACGAUUCUGAUGUGAAUGUUUAUGAAUGUCUGAAUCAAACAACUCUGAUGUGUAUUCAUUGUCGUCAGCUUCUUUAGCCAAAUUUAAACUUAUUCAAAAUGAGUUUCAUCUUCCUGGAAAUAACAUUCACAAAACUGCAAAAAAACACACACUGAGCUUCUAUGGUUGCUAUGCAGUAGCCAUAUCCUGUAUAAUUAACCAAAAAGAGAGCAACCCACGUGAUGGAAAGCGAACGCGUGAAGCUCUACAGGGAUGCAAAGCUGCUGUGACGUCACCGCGUUGCUUUAUUCUAGUGUCGCUCGGCCGGUUCGGAGCCGUCACCACUCAGAGAGCGCAUGCUGCCCGGUGGCCAUGGAGACGUCCGUGACUUUUCCCGCAGGCUUCCCAAACGCAGUGCCCGGAGAAGGAUGCCGUUCGAUGGCCGAACCGAGGGGACGGCACACAGGUGGACUGCGCGCAUGAGCCCCGCGGUGAAGGGUCGCAAGUGGUGACCACCGCGUGCAGGGACAGCAGAAGUUGUCUUUCGGCCCUGGAGACAGUGGACACGUCAGCCACCUCCGCGACUUCAGCAACCAGAAGGCACGGGACGCGAAAUCCAUUUCCGAGCCAUGCACUGUUCAUACCCACGGAGAGAUGGCAUGCGUGCUCCUCUUCAGUCGAAUCCUUCCCUUCUCUCACCGGCUAACGAGGACUUCCGUUUGCCUACUGUCGCUUCUCUUGUCCUGCCUCUGCUACUGGGCUCUGUUCCCUGCCGAUACGCAGAAGUCAGGUGAUCCAACGCCCAGCUGUCAGCGCGCCCCGGCUAAUGGAGCCAAAAGGCGCAUUCACAAAUCCCCGUCGUGCGUCUGGCCGCUGGACGCGCGACCGAGCGGCAUCGACGCGUCGGACCGGGGACCCGCUGCGCCUCUCCGCGCCGACACGCCCAGCCCGCCGAUGGGGAACCUGAAGUUCGGCAAUAAAAAGUUGCCGAACGCCAUCAUAGUCGGCGUGAAGAAGGGAGGCACCAGAGCGGUUUUGGAGUUCAUACGGAUCCACCCGGACGUGCGCGCGGCUGGCACCGAGACGCACUUCUUCGACAGGAACUAUGACAGAGGUCUGGAGUGGUACAGAAGUUUAAUGCCAAGGAGUCUGGAGAGCCAACUCACCAUGGAGAAGACGCCGAGCUACUUUGUGACCAAAGAGACGCCGCGCCGGAUCUCCGUCAUGUCCCGAGACACCAAGCUCAUCGCGGUGGUGCGAGACCCUGUCACCCGGGCGAUAUCCGAUUACACCCAGACUCUGUCCAAAACUCCCGACCUAGCGAGCUUCCAGGACCUGGCCUUCAGAAACCAGAGCCUGGGCAUUGUGGACACCUCCUGGAACGCCAUCCGGAUCGGCCUGUACGCCCUGCACCUGGAAAACUGGCUGCGCCACUUCCCCCUGGCUCAGAUCCACUUUGUGAGCGGGGAGCGCCUCAUCGCGGACCCGGCGGGCGAGCUGGCCCGGGUGCAGGACUUCCUCGGGCUGAAGCGCAUCGUCACGGACAAGCACUUCUACUUCAACCGGACCAAGGGCUUCCCCUGCCUCAAGAAGCCGGAGAGCAGCGGCUCGCCCCGCUGCCUGGGCAAGUCCAAGGGCCGGACCCACGUGCAGAUAGACCGAGACGCAGUCGAGCAGCUGCGAGACUUCUACAGACCGUACAACGUCAAGUUCUAUGAAAUGGUGGGGCACGACUUCAAGUGGGAGUAGAGGUCUGAGGGAUAUUUUUAAAAGGCACAAGAGGGAUUUCUGUAUUUGCACACAGCCAGAAAUGGUUUGCAUGCAUAAACGCGACGAGUUUUAAGCCAACUAUCAGCCGUUUCCAGACCCCCCCCUUUUUGAGUGAACCCGCAAUAGCAGUAUUAAGUUUCAUUAGUGACACUAAUGAACAUUGCUAAAAAAUAAGAUGACAUUGCUUAUGCGCCGGUUACGUUCGGCCUGCAUCAGCAUCCUGUAUGUUGCCCGAUGCAGCCGUCAUUUUAGCCACAGGAUCAGUUAUUGUGUGUUAAUUCCCCAUAUGCUGACUGGUUUUGUUAGAAAGCAAAAAAAAAAAGAAAAUUCCAGGGGAUGGGAUUAGUUCCUCCUUAAACCUGCUUCACUAAUCACGACAGGGCUUGAAAGCAAGACCUUGGAAAAUGUCAGUGAAGUCUUCAGGGAGCCGAAUUAAGCUGCUGCACUGUGGUGGUAAAUCUGAGAUGUAAAGCCAUAACGCAAGAGCGAACCACCUCGUAUCCCAAAGCGGUGGCCUCAUCAGUUUCUAUACGAGGUGGAAGGGUUUUGGGGUCCUUCUUUGCAGCAUGAAUCGGGUAAUUGAGUUGGUUCCCUGUGCUUUGUUUGCAAAAAAAAGUUUAUAUAUUUGUUACAAAACUAUUUAAUCAGCACUUUUGUCACAAAGCCCCUUCAUGAUGAAACAGAAGCACAAAUACAUUUUUUUUUCUUGUCUUAUCGAAAACGUUGACCUUGAUGUGGAAUUACCUGUUCAAUCCUUGAAUGAGAACCUCUUGGAAAACUGAUGAUUUCGUUCCUCACCUCCCUUUUCAUAUCUAGUCUGAAAAAUUAUUGUUUUUCACAGAUUAGACCACCGGCGGUUUUUACAUCCGUCGCCGGUGUUGCAUUCGCUUUGAGGUUUAUUGCGUUGUGCGAGGUGUGCCGCCGUGUGCCUGGGCGUGGGCGGGAGGAAUCACAUUACAAAGACAAAGCAGGGAGCACCUCGUCGUGGCAGGUUAUCAGAUCGAAUCUGGGACUUCAUGUCACAGUGAAAAGUUUGGAUUUGGUUGUACAUGAAAUGAAUAUUAAGACUGUCAGAGCCAGACUGAUACGAGGCCGUAAACACAAGCAGGGAUCUGUGAGAUUGUGUCAUUUCUCCCACAAGUAAACGCUGUAAAUGUGAUUCCAAUCAUCACACGUCAUGAUGGUACAGGUAACGCUUCUGGUUGCACUUUCCAUUUUACGCUUGAGAGUACAGUAUUCUUAUUUAAUGUGCCAGUGGCUAUGUGUGUACAAGAGAAAAUAAUAUCAGUUUUAGCAUUUGUGAGCAGAAAGUCAAACCAUUAACCACAUUUGCUCACAAGCCGCUCUCACUUCCAACUCACCUGGCCGGUGCUCCUGCAGUUCACUGCGUGGCAGGAAGUGCAUGCACGUGCACGGCUUCUGAGUGUAAAUAUAUGACCUAAUUAUUACGCAAUCACUAACUAUUCCAGCGAAUGGUUACACCAGUGUUGUUGGAUCUGAAGCGGACCUGUUGACAGAGUGUGCAGCCUGAGACUGUUCAGUUAAGUGCAGAAAUUCACCAUUUCACCUUUAAAUAUAGAACCUGUUUCCUUAACUAAUAAUAACGAUUUCCCUGCCAGUGCAAUGUGGGACGCGACGGCUCUCUGUGUUACCUCCAUACCUCAGAAGCGUGGUACUUUUAUCCGUUUCAGUAGUGCUUCAUCUGAGGCCCCGUUGAUAUAUCGUGUGUAACACUUUGAAGAUUUCUUGGUGUUUGACAUCCAAAUAAAGAGAGCUCGG